AUGGCAUCCGCCGGGUCGAACACCAUCAAGGUGGUUGCUAGGUUUCGGCCGCAAAAUAAGGUCGAGUUGGCGUCCGGGGGUGAGCCGGUCGUCGAGUUCGAGAACGAGGAGUCAUGUAUUAUCAAUUCCAAAGAAGGCACGGGUGCCUUUACCUUCGAUCGCGUUUUUCCCAUGGACACCGCGCAAAACGACAUCUUCGACUUCUCCAUCCGCCCAACGGUCGACGAUAUUCUCAAUGGAUACAACGGUACCGUCUUUGCCUAUGGCCAGACCGGUGCCGGAAAGUCGUACACCAUGAUGGGCUCAGAUAUCGACGACGACAUAGGGAAGGGUGUCAUUCCCCGGAUUGUGGAGCAGAUCUUCGCCAGCAUCCUGACAAGCCCAAGCAACAUCGAGUACACCGUCCGAGUCAGCUACAUGGAAAUUUAUAUGGAGCGCAUUCGAGAUCUUCUGGUGCCACAGAACGACAAUUUGCCCGUCCACGAGGAGAAGUCGCGGGGUGUCUACGUCAAGGGCUUGUUAGAGGUGUACGUGUCCAGCGUGCAGGAAGUCUACGAAGUGAUGCGCCGUGGAGGUACGGCCCGUGCGGUUGCUGCCACCAAUAUGAACCAGGAAUCUUCUCGUUCGCACUCCAUUUUCGUCAUCACCGUCUCCCAGAAGAACGUCGAGACCGGUUCGGCCAAGAGUGGCCAGCUCUUUCUGGUGGAUUUGGCCGGUAGUGAGAAGGUCGGCAAGACGGGCGCCAGUGGCCAGACCCUGGAAGAAGCCAAGAAGAUCAACAAGAGUUUGAGCGCCCUGGGCAUGGUCAUCAACGCUCUGACGGACGGCAAAUCAUCCCAUAUUCCCUACCGUGACUCAAAACUCACGCGUAUCUUGCAGGAGUCCCUGGGUGGUAACUCGCGGACGACACUGAUUAUCAAUUGCUCGCCCAGCAGCUACAACGAUGCGGAGACCAUCUCCACGCUGCGCUUUGGUGUACGCGCCAAGGCCAUCAAGAACAAGGCCAAGGUCAAUGCCGAGUUGAGUCCAACCGAACUGAAGCAGCUGUUGCGCAAAGCCCAAAGCCAGGUAACAAAUUUCGAAUCGUAUAUUUCGGCGCUGGAGGGCGAGGUCAGCCUGUGGCGAAGCGGUGACAGCGUCCCCAAGGAUCAAUGGACCCCGGCUCCAGCCAGUGACGGAGUGAGCACUACUAAAGCUGAGGCUCGCACUCCAAGGCCAGGCACACCGUCACGACUUACGGAAACUGCGCGAGCGGAGACCCCGCGUGGUGAUUCCCGCAUGGGGGAUCGCUCCAGUACGCCCAGUCUGGUGCUAGAGAAGGACGAGCGCGAAGAAUUCUUGCGUCGUGAGAAUGAGCUGCAGGAUCAACUUGCGGAGAAGGAAUCGCACAUUGCCAAUGUCGAGCGCAGUCUUCAAGACGCCCGCGAGGAAUUGAAGGCCAUGAAGGAGAACUCCGGGCGAACCGGCAAGGAUAACGACAAGCUGAACACCGAAGUCAACGAACUGCGCAUGCAACUGGAAAAGGUCUCAUACGAGAGCAAGGAAGCGGCCAUCACCAUGGACGGACUGCGGGAGGCCAACACCGAGCUCACGGGCGAACUGGAUGAAGUCAAGCAGCAGCUUCUGGAUGUGCGCAUGAAGGCGAAAGAAACCACUGCAGCACUGGACGAGAAAGAGAAGAAAAAGGCGGAGAAGAUGGCGAAGAUGAUGGCCGGCUUCGACCUGGGCGGCGAAGUGUUCUCGGCCAACGAACACAAGUUGCAGGACCUCAUCCAACGCGUCGAUGCGUUGCACAAGGUCAGUGCCGAAGGUGAAACGAUCGCACCCGACGAUAUUCUCGAGCUCCGGACGAGCUUGGUGGAAGCCCAGGGUUUCAUCCGGCAGGCCGAGCUAACCGUCAACGACCGAGGCGAGUUCAGCGAGCUGCAGGACAGCCGCCGGGCAGAACUGGAGGAGAAGCUGGAUGAGCUUCAGCAGGAGUACGAAGGCCUCUUGACCCGCACCCUCGGUGAAGGCGACGUAGAUGAGAUUCGAGAGCGGUUGGAGAAGACUUAUAUCAGCCGCAGGGACGCUGAGACUACCGCCGCUGAUGAGCUUCGUAUGGAGAUCAAGAACAAGGACAAGGAAUUAACGAAGCUGCGCCAGUCGCUGGUCGACACCCAGUCUCGCACGUCGACGAAUGGGGCCGCUAGCAAGACAUUGCAGCAGCAGAUCGCCGAAUUCGACGCAAUGAAGAAGUCUCUGAUGCGCGACCUGCAGAAUCGCUGUGAACGGGUUGUCGAGCUGGAGAUCUCGCUGGACGAUGCUCGCGAGCAGUACAACAACGUUCUGCGGUCAUCCAACAACCGCGCCCAGCAGAAAAAGAUGGCAUUCCUCGAGCGCAACCUGGAACAGCUGACCCAUGUCCAGCGGCAAUUGGUUGAGCAAAACAGCGGCCUAAAGAAGGAGGUGGCCAUUGCGGAGCGGAAACUGAUUGCGCGGAAUGAGCGCAUCGCCAGUCUAGAGAGCCUGCUCCAAGACAGCCAGGAGAAGCUGACCCAGGCCAAUCAUCGAUUCGAGGCCCAACUCACUGCUGUCAAAGAGCGUCUCGAGGCCGCCAAACAGGGCUCAACACGCGGCCUGCCCAACAUGGACAAUGCGAGUUUUAGCUUCGGGGGCUCCCGCAUUGCGAAACCGCUUCGAGGCGGCGGCAGCUCGGAGGCGCCGGCGAACGCGACGGUCGCGGGCGUACAAUCACAGGAGACGGGCAAGCGCACGAGCUGGUUCCCUCAACGCCGAUGA